GUUUUUGUUUGUUUGUUUGUUUUGUUUUCGGUUGGUUUCCCCCAAUUCUCUUCAUUUAUCAGACUGUUUCAAAGAACAUCAUUCAAGAGGUUGAAUAACCUGGACUUGAGUUUUCCUGUGUGUAAAGUGAAGAUACUCUCAUACCGUUCACUGUGUGAUGGAGUUAAGGGAAUGUGACACCUCUUGAAAGCAAAAAGCAAAAGCAAAAAUUCUAUGGAAUGCGAGGCAAGAGGAGACAAGUUUCCAGAAACUUUUGCUGGCCAUAGUUCUAGUGAAUAUUGCUGCAACUAGGGGACCUUGUGUUUCUCCCUUAACUCUUGUGGAAUCUGAACCCCAACUAGUUUGCAGCACUUCUUGGCUCUGUAAACCUUUGAGCAGGAUUCUUAGGCUCUUUGUUCUGUUGUUUCCCCAUACUUAAAAUGGGGAUUGAUAGUAUCUUAAAGAGUUGGUGAAUCCUUUUCUAAGAACUCAGGCACUCAGGUAUCCACCAUGGUGUUGGGUCCUGAACAGAAGAUACCAGAUGAUGCUUCUGGAGACCAUGGAGACUCUGCCAGUCUUGGUGCCAUCAACCCUGCAUACAGUAACUCCUCAAUUCCGCAGUCCCCCGGGGCGGGCUCAGAGGACCCCUUCACCACCUACUUUGAUGAGAAGAUUGCCAUUCCUGAGGAGGAGUACUCUUGUUUUAGCUUUCGUAAACUCUGGGCCUUCACGGGACCAGGAUUUCUUAUGAGCAUUGCUUACCUGGAUCCAGGAAACAUUGAGUCUGAUUUGCAGUCUGGAGCAGUGGCUGGAUUUAAGUUGCUCUGGAUUCUUCUGUUGGCCACCACCGUGGGGCUCCUGCUGCAGCGCCUUGCAGCUCGACUGGGAGUGGUCACUGGGCUGCAUCUGGCUGAGGUGUGUCACCGCCAGUACCCCAGGGUUCCACGAAUCAUCCUGUGGCUGAUGGUGGAGCUGGCUAUCAUUGGCUCAGACAUGCAGGAAGUUAUUGGCUCAGCUAUUGCCAUCAAUCUCCUGUCUGUAGGAAGGAUUCCUCUAUGGGGUGGAGUUCUCAUCACCAUUGCAGAUACAUUUGUAUUUCUCUUUUUGGACAAAUAUGGCUUGAGGAAGCUGGAAGCAUUUUUUGGUUUUCUCAUCACUAUUAUGGCCCUCACAUUUGGCUAUGAGUAUGUUACAGUGAAACCCAGCCAGACCCAGGUCCUCAAAGGCAUGUUCCUACCAUCCUGUUCAGGCUGUCGUACCCCACAGAUUGAGCAGGCUGUGGGCAUCGUGGGCGCUGUUAUCAUGCCACACAACAUGUACCUGCAUUCUGCCUUAGUUAAGUCCAGACAGGUAGACCGAGCCAAUAAGCAGGAAGUUCGAGAAGCGAAUAAGUACUUCUUCAUUGAAUCCUGCAUUGCUCUCUUUGUUUCCUUUAUCAUCAACGUCUUUGUUGUCUCGGUGUUUGCCGAAGCAUUUUUUGGGAAAACCAACGAGCAGGUGGUUGCGGUCUGUAAAAACAGCAGCAGUCCUCACGCUCACCUUUUCCCAGACGAUAACUCAACACUGGCUGUGGACAUCUACAAAGGGGGUGUUGUGCUGGGGUGUUACUUCGGGCCUGCCGCUCUCUACAUCUGGGCGGUGGGGAUCCUGGCUGCGGGGCAGAGCUCCACCAUGACAGGAACCUAUUCCGGCCAGUUUGUCAUGGAGGGAUUCCUGAACCUAAAGUGGUCACGCUUUGCCCGAGUGAUUCUUACCCGCUCUAUUGCCAUCAUCCCCACUCUGCUUGUGGCUGUCUUCCAAGACGUGGAGCAUCUAACAGGAAUGAAUGACUUCCUGAAUGUUCUUCAGAGCUUACAGCUUCCCUUUGCUCUCAUACCCAUCCUCACGUUUACGAGCUUGCGGCCUGUGAUGAGCGAAUUUGCCAAUGGAUUAGGCUGGAGGAUUGCAGGCGGUAUUGUGGUCCUUAUCAUCUGUUCCAUCAACAUGUACUUUGUCGUGGUUUAUGUGCAGGAUCUAGGGCACGUGGCAUUGUACGUGGUGGCUGCAGUGGUCAGCGUAGCUUAUCUGAGCUUUGUCUUUUACUUGGGUUGGCAAUGUUUGAUUGCACUGGGCAUGUCCUUCCUGGACUGUGGGCACACGGGUUGCACUGGGCUACCUCUCUUCAGCCAUUCUCUCAGAGGGAAAAACUUUGAGACCAGAUGGUGGAGCUCUGGAGUCAGAGGAAAUGGGUCCCUUCAGCAUGGAGCUGCUGCUCUUCAGCCACUUCUGACAUUUUUACAUGUGGAGCCUGACACCAUGUGAUUAUCUUAAACCAAGUCACAUUGUCCGGUGGAGAUAAAUAAUCAGGUCUUUUAUAGCCACUGACUUUGUGAGAACAGUAAUGGGAAUGCAAUUGAAGGACUGCAUUUCUGGUGUCUUCCUUCUGGAGUGCCUAUUGAUUGAUGUUCUCUGUUCACCUGAGCCCCUAAAAGCAUUGUUUCCAGUACUUUGUACACAGUCAAAAGCACAGACUGAAUGGACUGUCUUUUACAUGGCUUUAAGGGUAACCUUCUGUGUUCCACUGACCAUACAUUUACCUCAGCCCCUCCAGUGACAUAGCACAGAAUCCUGAGAGACAGAUUCCCCAACCGUUCCUCCCUCUCCCCUACCAUCAUCCCCUAAGCUGUUCACAAGGGCACUCUGGAGAUAUCGGGAACUGACCUCUUAAGCUCUUGUCCGGCCUCAGUAGGUGAGGGCCAUGUUGACGAAAUUCUUUGUAAAAGAUGGUACACUAACAUCAUUUACCUUUGCCUGGAGUCUGGCUGGGUGCAGUCAGUCUCAGAUUCACAAAUAUUUAGAAGCCCAGGUAAAAGCUGCUAGUUUUCUUUUCAAAGUUAUAUAUAUGUCUUUCAAUGAUGAAAACUUUUUUCCCAGUUAAAUGUCAGUUUAUGUCACUAUGUGUGUAGUAUUUUACAGUGUUAACAACACUCCCAUACUGUAUUCCACCUAAUGCUUUCAGAUAGAAAGUGUGCUUUCUAUUCAGCCACUACUUUGGGUACAGUAAACAGUGUUUAGAGCUGACAUCUUCCAGUGCCAGCGUGUGCACUCUGUUUGUGUGAAAUGUUUAAGGAUAUACAAUUGUACUUUGUGUAAAUUGGUCCUUGUUCUUUAUAAAUGUGGCAUGAAAUAACUGCUGCUAUAGCAUACUGGGAAUUAUCAGCAAUGGGCAAGAACUGCAGUUUGGCUCCUGUGAGGUCCUGCUAGUGGUUUUAGGAGUGGUUACAAUGAGCUUUUAGGGACCAUUUAACAAUAUGUAAACUUGGUUUGUAAUUAAAAAGUUUUUUUUUCCUUUUUCCAA